ACUGGUGUCGCUUGUAUGUAGUACAUAACAUGUCGAAGGUCGAAGUAGUCAGAUGUUGUUGAUAUUUGAUCUGAUAUUUGAGAGCGUUUCCAUAUUAUUAAGGUAAAAUGUCUCUCCUCGCAACGCUGCCGACUCUCGACGGAGCCAAAAUAAUUGUUGUCGACGAAGAUAGCGAAGCCAAGUAUGCAGAGUCGUUGAUCACAGCUUGGGUAUCGAUUUGGAAAGAAAAAGACGACAGAGAAAUAAAUGUUCUUUGUUUUUCCGGGCCAAAAAGUUCCAGCAGAAUCUAUGCCAACUCUUUGAGACGGGAUGAAAUCAAAUUUCACGACUAUUACACUUUUGAUUUGGAUGAAAUUGACCCUUAUAGUGAUAAAAAGUUGUGGGAAAUAGUGAGGAUAGAUUCCCUUAAGCAAACGUCAACGGUUGUCAUUGACAGUCUUAGUUCGCUGCUUCUCUACAAAAGCCUUGCUGAAACGUGUAGGUUUUUAUCUAAACUGAGCAUGAGAGUAAUGCAAGUCGUUUGCAUUUAUCAGAGGGAUUUUGCCUGGCACAAAAUACCGAGUAUCAAAACUUUGGGAACUAGCUAUGUAUGUCUGGAAUCUGUCGCCAGCUUGAAACUAGGUGGCGAUUUGUCGUACAAAGCUUUGACGUCUCACUGUAAGUCUGGUGGCGGUAUUUUACAGCAGGCUGAAAUUGUUGAGCAAAAUAUUAGCUCGUAUGAGAUUCAAACUCAAAAGGUUGGUCACAAAAGUGCCCAUAAGACGUCCGUAGUUCAGUCUAAAUCUUCGGACAAGAUUCAAGCCUCGUUUAGGAUUGAGAUGAACGAUCGAGAGAUGGAGCAGAGAAACGCUACUCCUCUGCCAUAUACAUUGCCAGCUGUGUCGUUAAGCGAAUCCAAAAUCCAUUAUGAACCUGAUGAAAUUGACGAUCUAGAUGAGGAAGACCCUGACGAUGAUUUAGAUUUUUGAACAAUGCGAACUUCAGACUUUGCUUAAUAAAAUCUUUAUCCUUAAAUAAUGUAUUUCAUGUUGGGUGGGAUAGAUAGAAAAACUGAAGAUUAAAUAUCUCUUACAUCCGUCAUAUAUUUACUAUUGAUUUGUACAAAUUUAAAUAAAAUAAAUUAUACAAGCUAUAGAAUUCUCUAUUCAUUUGGUGCGUUGAUCCAUAACUGUAGACUAGGCCAUAUUUUAUAUUGGCUAAACAGUUAUAAUUCUUUUCAGUCAUUCUUAAUGUACCACAUCGAUAUCACAACUUUUUUCUCCUUGCCGCUAGUAUUCAGUUAUCAUAAGAGAAAGCUGAGAGAUCCUAAGAUAAAACGAUAUAACAAUACCAUCUACAUCACUCUCGUGAUUUUGAAACAAUACAUUUACAUAGCGUUAAUUCGUAAAACGAAAACUAACGAGCUUUAUUUUGUUUAAAGAUAUGCCUUAUUAGCAUUCUACAAAUAACAUCAAUUGUUAAUUAUUCUAUAUUUGAUAAUAGCUGUGCUGCGGAAGACACAUGCAGAGAUGGUAAAUAUUAUUCGUCUAAUAAAU